AUGGGCGAAAAUAACGGAGACACAUUUUUAUGGAAGGCUGCAAGCCCCUCUGACCUACCUCCAGACGCCGUCAUGCUGAUCGUGACUUCGCGACUGCUCGAUCGAAGAGUCGUGGCUGCAAUGACAGGCCCCGACAACGGGUUUCAGGUUGCCCGGGAGUGGAAGGACAAGAGCACCUCAAAGACCCUUGUCUGUGGCACUCACGGCGACCCGAUUGCUGAUGCGUUCGUAAUAAAGGUGCGUCACAGCAGUGCCUUCCUCGCUGUGGCUGAUGGUGUGAACUGGGGAGAGGCGCCGAUGCGGGCCGCCCGCUGCGCCAUCAACUCCAUCUACGAGCAACUGGAAACAAAGCUGUUCCUCGGUGGUCCAGAGUCCCUGAAAAUCCGCAACACCAAGGACGCCGCAGAACUUCUAUUCGCGGCCUUUCGUCAAGCUCACGUCGACAUUGUGGCUCAAACCCGUGGUCUUUCAACCCUCUGUGUGGGGCUUUUGCUGCCAGUUCAUCUUAGUGAGCGCCAUCGUUUGCAGCAUGCACGCAAAUCUGACACCCUGGUUUCCCCGCAGACCAUCCUUGAGUCCUCGCUCGAUGGCUCUGGUGACAGCAAUAUGUCGAAGGGUUGCAGCGCUCUCAUUGUUGCCUCUGUAGGUGAUUCUCAAGCUUUCCUGCUAAGAGAUGGCACUGACGCGGUAGAGCUAACAGGCUGGGUACCUGUAGCCCAUUCCACAGACGUUAAGGUUGCUGACGGGUUGAGGGGAGGGUGUGACCCCGAAGAACCCCCUGAAAGGGACUUCAGAGACACUGGUGGAGCGCUUGGACCAGUGUAUGAAUCAGGCGAACCUGAACUUCGAAAUCUAAUGUGUGCAGUCGCUCUUUGUAAUCCUGGAGAUGUAGUUAUCCUCGGGACUGAUGGACUAACCGACAACUUUGAUCCGGUCGUUGUUCGCAUCGCUAUUCCUCGUCCUCCAGAUAUCACGUUUGCCGACGAGAAUGAUGCGAGUGAUGACAACGCACUUUCAUCCAAGCCAGUCUUGCAUUUUCGCCACAAUUGGGCUAAAAUGGCGCCAAUUUCAACACCUUAUACACUUCCUGUUUGGCCCAAACCUCCUCCUCCACCUCCUCACUCUCUGUCGACUGAUCGUCCCCCCGUUACUCCUUCUCCCGGUGGUGUUAGCGCCCGUAGUCUUAAUUACACUGAGCAGCUAGAACUCACGUGGCCAGAACGUCGCCAAUAUGUGGCCAAAGAGAUCACCAGACUUUGGUAUGAACUUGAGCACACCGGAUCUAACGAGAUUUCCUCGAAGGAAUUCGCCGAGGCGUUGCUCAAACAUGUACAAUAUGUUACCACUGAGAAGCGUCAAUUCCUUGAGGCACCAGAGACGACGAAACUAAAAGCACAGUUCUCGCGAUACUUGAGAAAGAAGAACUCUGCUCGUGAGGAUUCCGCGUCUGCGGGAGUGGAAGAUGCUACUGACACCGAUAAGGAAUUGCGCGAACUUGAGAGACGCAGGGCUUGGAUCAUGGAUACUCUACGGCGACUGCCUGGGAAGUUAGACCAUGCAACUGUGGUCGUUCUCCAAGUCAGUGGGGGUUAA